AUGAGCAACUCCCAUGGAAAUGUGCCUAGACUCGACUUAGCGGAGUUCAAUCCCACCAAGCUGCGCUACUCGUCAAGAUCAGUGCUGAUUCCGGUUCUUUUAGAAAACUUCGAAAUCCUUGUGCUAUUAUUAUUAUUAUUAUUAUUAUUAUUAUUAUUAUUAUUAUUAUUAUUAUUAUUAUUAUUAUUAUUAUUAUUAUUAUUAUUAUUACUAUUAUUAUUAUUAUUAUUAUUAUUAUUAUUAUUAUUAUUAUUAUUAUUAUUAUUAUUAUUAUUAUUAUUAUUAUUAUUAUUAUUAUUAUUAUUAUUAUUAUUAUUAUUAUUAUUAUUAUUAUUAUUAUUAUUAUUAUUAUUAUUAUUAUUAUUAUUAUUAUUAUUAUUAUUAUUAUUAUUAUUAUUAUUAUUAUUAUUAUUAUUAUUAUUAUUAUUAUUAUUAUUAUUAUUAUUAUUAUUAUUAUUAUUAUUAUUAUUAUUAUUAUUAUUAUUAUUAUUAUUAUUAUUAUUAUUAUUAUUAUUAUUAUUAUUAUUAUUAUUAUUAUUAUUAUUAUUAUUAUUAUUAUUAUUAUUAUUAUUAUUAUUAUUAUUAUUAUUAUUAUUAUUAUUAUUAUUAUUAUUAUUAUUAUUAUUAUUAUUAUUAUUAUUAUUAUUAUUAUUAUUAUUAUUAUUAUUAUUAUUAUUAUUAUUAUUAUUAUUAUUAUUAUUAUUAUUAUUAUUAUUAUUAUUAUUAUUAUUAUUAUUAUUAUUAUUAUUAUUAUUAUUAUUAUUAUUAUUAUUAUUAUUAUUAUUAUUAUUAUUAUUAUUAUUAUUAUUAUUAUUAUUAUUAUUAUUAUUAUUAUUAUUAUUAUUAUUAUUAUUAUUAUUAUUAUUAUUAUUAUUAUUAUUAUUAUUAUUAUUAUUAUUAUUAUUAUUAUUAUUAUUAUUAUUAUUAUUAUUAUUAUUAUUAUUAUUAUUAUUAUUAUUAUUAUUAUUAUUAUUAUUAUUAUUAUUAUUAUUAUUAUUAUUAUUAUUAUUACUAUGUUUAAUAUUUAUUUAUGCAGAGGAGUCAUAA